AUGGUGGGUACAAUUGCUUUACUCUCCGUCCCCACGACAAUAAAUGUUCUGGUGGGAAGUCGACGAGCUAAUUCGAAAUACACGGCCUAUAAGAGAUAUGUAUCCACUUUCUUCCACUUCUUGUGCUGGUUACAAAAUGAUAUCAAGCCUGGAUCAGUAUCUUGGAAAUCACUUCAAACUGUCAGACGCCGUCAUUUACAAAGUGACCGAGCUGCUAAACUCAAGGGCCAAGGAACGAUAUCCCAGAGAGAUGUGUCCCUUACUUUAUUCUGUCUUAGUGUGGGUUUCCCAAUUCUUAAGCCUGAUAAAUUUUCCAUUUAUCAGCUCGAAGAUGGCGACUGGGAAGGCUAUAUCCACUUCUGGGGAGUCAUUUCAUAUAUGUUAGGAUUGCAGGACAGAUACAACAUUUGUAGAGGUACAUUCGAAGAGACGCGUCAAAUAUGCCAGAGGAUAAGAGACAGAGUAUACACACCAUGUCUAGAGAAUGUUCCAGAGUACUUUGAACAUUCGGUUCACGUUAUUUUAGAAGGCACGGGGACCAUCGUUCCUGGUUUAGAAGUACAAGCUAUGCUUUACCUCACAAAAAACAUAGCUGAAGUGCCAGGCUAUAUUUAUACAGAGAGUGAACGUAUUCAACUACAGAGUAAAUUAAGAAAACAUUUGAAGGGAAAAUCGCCUGAUACAGGCGUAGAAUCAACGGCCUUGAUGAAAAAGAGUGCUAUAGAUGGUUUACCGAAAGCGCUUCCUAAUAUCUUAUACCUACACGACUACGACACAGUGGAAAAUUCUCCAGCAUAUAAAAUACUACCUUUCAUUGCUAAAUAUAGAUUGGCUGUCCUCCGAAUUACAUUAACCCUUUAUUCAACAAACAUAGGAAGAUUGCUAUUGAAUCUCUAUUCUAGGUGGCUGUUGUUCAUUGCACAAAACUUUCCGUAUGUCGCAAUGUGGAGGUUCGGUUUUAAAAAUGCUUUUAUCGAUAUGUUCAGAGAGGAUCCGACAGAUGAUACGAUUCCUAGACCUAAUGCCGAGUUUUACAAGCCGCGACCACCCGAGCCGUGGUACAAAUGUCUUUUCGAUAUACUUUGGUAGAUGUUUGUAUCAUCUAUAUUAUUUUUUUAAAGUAUAAUUAUAGUGGGUCCAAUACGCAUUAUUAAGAAUAACUCAAAAAGUACACCGUCGAAUGGAUAAACUCCUCCUUUUUUGAAGUCGAUUAAAAUACAAUGAAAAACUUUCCUUCUCAAAAAUGAAGUCACUUUUUUAUUUUAUUUUAUUGGUCAAUACGUUACAAAUACAUAUUUUUAAAAUUUAAAUACCACGAAUACCUCUCGGGUUUAUCUGAGUACAGAGAAUUGUUGAAGAGAAUUGAACAGUUUGUUUUUGCAAAUAAGUAUUAAUUCUAUUUGCUGCUUAGGAUAGUAGAGGUUUUUUGAAGUUUACUCUUUAAGAAUCGAUUUUCAUAUAAGGUUCCCGGUAUGAAAGAAAUCAUUA